AUGCAACCCAGCAACACAACCACCAUCCUCAACAAAUGCCGCACCCUCAACGACCAAAUCUCCAGCCUCCGGCAAAAGCGCGAAACCCAACUCCACCUCUCCCAACAGGCCCUCCUCGACUCCAGCAGCAGCGCCGAGGAUCAACAUGCCCGUCAGAACCUCGACUACGCCCAGUCCGACAUCACAGCCUCGUUCCGUCGCAUUCGCGUCACGGUGAAUGAGCUCAAGAACAUGACGCCUGCGGACCAUCGCGUCCGGACGCAGAUGGAUACCGUGCGGAGAAAUCUCGAGAGGGAGAUUGCUGAGUUUUAUAAGAUGCAGCGCGAGUUUGAUGGCAAGUUGCGUGACCAGGUGAGGAGGCGAUAUGAGAUUUCCAAUCCGGAUGCGUCGCCCGAGGAGGUCGAUUCGGGAGUGCAGAAUGUGUUGAUGGGGCAGGAGCAGAUCUUCCAGGUCCAAGGAGCACGAUCACGACAGGCAAAGGACGCCCAGGCAGCCGUCAUGGAGAGAUCAGCAGCGAUCCGCCAGAUCGAGCAGGACUUAAUCGCGCUCGCUGAGCUAUCGCAAGAAGUCGCUGAGAUGGUCAAGAUCCAAGAACCCGUCGUGGAGGCUAUCAACAUGAAUGCGGACCAAACAGCAGAGAACACAAAACAGGCCAACGAGAAGCUCGAUGGUGCGAUAGUCAGUGCGCGCAGUGCCAGGAAAUACAAGUGGUAUAUCCUCUUUGUUUGCAUCCUCAUUAUUGCCAUUGUGGUUGCAGUGCCUGUUGGAUAUUGUUUCGCGACUGAAUCAUGUGGAACGAAAUCUAAAUAG